AUGGCUUCCUCAGCGCCCGUUCUGCGACUGCUGCGCCUCCUCGUCUGCUUCCCGUCUCUAGCGGCGCCGCUUUGGAGCUCUGAGGAGGAGACCCUUCUCGCUGAGUUCAGUGUGGUGCAGACGAGUUCGCUGCUGAAACCUCUCUCCCCCGUCGAAUCCCCGCAUUUCGAAGCAGCGAGCCGUUGGCAUCCGCGGUUCGACCACCAUUUCUGGGAUGCUUUCUCGCCGUGCAUCUCCUUUUCCUGUCGCGGGAGAGACAUGGGCCAUCGGCACCAGAUGACUUGGGGCCAAGUCUUGCCGAGCCUCCUUGAAAACGGAGUUUGCGAGGAGUGUGUCUACAAUGCAUGCGAGAAGCCGCGGAUGUUCCAGCUGGUCCGGGCACCGGCCAAUGCCUUCAGCAGCCUGGGUUUUGUGGCGGUGGGCCUCUUCGCUCUUUUCGUGACCUUCCUGGACCUCCUGCAUGGGCCCUCUCGGAGACAGGGGCCGGUGAUCCUCCACGGAAUACUCUUCGGAACAGUUCUGGUGGCUGAAGGGGUCGCCUCCUUUGCCUACCAUGCGUCCUUGUCGCUGCAGAUGAAUGUCCUCGACUGGCGGACAAUGCUUGUAAGCUUCGCAGCUCAGGGCUUCGGGCUGGUGACUGCCAGCCAAGCUUUGGCUCGUCACACUGUCAGCAGCUGGCUCGUCGCCAUCCUCUUCAUGGCUUACUCCUUGAUCCUCUUGCUCAGCCUAAGUCUGAGUUGCGGAUGCUUUUGCUCCAUAGACGAGGCCUGCGAUAGCCCUGUUUGGCCGAUGGUGUGGCUGGGCACUGGGCUCGUUUGCCUGGCAGCUCCCGUGUCUGUGGAGUGGUCUUUUUCCUACCAAUGCUUGCAAGAGCUCCAAGGCCAAGACAGCGCCCAGCUCCGCAUCGUGGCUAAUGCUCGCCGACUCGUUCGAUGCUUCGUAUGGAGCUCGGUGGCUCUGUGGCUACUCGGAUACGCCUGCAAGCUCCUGGACGACCACCAAAUCAUGUGCCGGCCUUCGUCACUCUUCCAAUUUGUGGGACUGAUGCAUCUCGUGAUGGCCACGGCUAUGCUCUUGAGCUUCCUCGCGACGAGGACAUGCUCGAACCUCCUCGUAGUGUCUUUGGAAUCCGACCCAUUCAAAUGCCAAGCAAGCGCUCAGCCCACAAGGGGCGCAGUGGGCGGAUCGAUACCAAACUGA